AUGUCGCCAUGUCGCCCUGUGAGGCCAGAUAUUGCAAAUACCGUCUCAAGAUUGGGACAAUUUACUUGCAAUUCAAAUAAAUGUCAUUGGUUAGCAGCGAAACGUGUGCUAAGGUAUCUGGCUGGAAGUGCAAGUCUUGGGCUUGUGUAUACAAAAAAGAAAAAAGCCUUAUGUGGAUACACUGAUGCUGAUUGGGGAAAUUGUGUCAUAGAUCGUCGAUCGUAUACUGGGUAUGUGUUCUUACUCAGUGGUGCAGCAAUUUCUUGGAAAUCAACAAAACAAAGAACUGUGGCCCUUUCCACUACAGAGGCUGAAUAUGUAAGUUUAUCUGAAGCUUCGAAGGAAGCAAUUUACUUGAGAAGUAUAUUGCUGGAGCUUGGAUUUUUGGACUUUGCUAAAACUAAAAUUUUUGUUGAUAAUCGUGGUGCACUGUGCUUGGCAAAUGAUCAUGUUUUUCAUGCACGCACUAAACAUAUCGACAUAAAACAUCACUUUGUUUGA